AUGCCUGCGCGCACUUUUGACAACGAUUCGUCGAGCGACGGACAAAACGGCAGCAUGGCUACUGCCGACCUAGGCUAUCGCCACAACAGCCAUUCCAAUGGCAUCUCGAAUGGCAUGACAUCCCUCUCACUGGACAACGCUCCUUCGAAAAAUAGCACAAAUGGCGCCGCCAACGGAAACUCAUAUUACCAUAUUAAUGGAUCCCAAAAUGGCAAUUCACAUCUUAUGAUUCCUAUGACAACCAACAAUGCCUCCCCUAUCGAAGGCACAAAUGGCUUCUCGAACCGUGGCCUGAAAAGCAAAUCGAGCCGUUACUUUAACCGUCGCGCCAAUGGUGACAUGAUCAUUCACACCAAUGGGCAUUCUAGUGGAAUUCUCGACGAUUAUGAUAUAGAUGCUGUCCGAGACAGCUUCCCGGGUACGGAGAGUAAGACCAUUGCAUUGAACAAUGCUGGGGGCAGCUUAGUCCACAGGGGUGUAAUUGAGUCCGUUAUUCGGUCAAUGUCCACAACACAGCUUGACUUACAUGGCGGAGACAUCAAAAGUGACCAUGACCGAGCAGGUCGGGCAUCUCGAUACAAGGAACUCGCCUCUUUUAUGAACGCAGAGCCAGAUGAGAUUGCAUUCGGGCCAUCAACCACAAGCUUGUUGCGUACCUUGUCGGAUUCGCUUCGUCCCUUACUCAACUCAAACUCGGAGAUCAUUGUUUCAAUGCUUUGCCAUGAAGGCAAUGUCACACCGUGGGUUGCCUUGGCGAACAGCUUAGGUAUCACGAUCAAGUGGUGGAUGCCAGCCGGCGGCCCAGGUAACACAAAUGCACAGCUCAGUGUAGAAACUCUGAAGCCCCUCCUUUCACCAAAAACGCGACUAGUCACAUGCGGGCAUGUGUCCAACAUUUUUGGUACUAUUCAUAAGAUCAGAGAAGUCGCCGAUCUCGUACAUACGAUUCCUGGUGCGAUGCUCUGCGUCGAUGGCGUGGCGUGGGCACCUCACAGACCUAUCGAUGUGAAGGCCCUCGACGUCGACUUCUAUGUCUUCAGCUGGUACAAGGUAUUCGGCCCACACCUUGCACAGAUGUACGCCCGGCGCGGCAUCCAACAACGACAUCUUAGCAGUUUACACCACUACCCUUUUCACGCUUCAUCCCUUGACCUCAAAUUCCACCUUGGUAACAACUGUUUCGAACUCGAAGACUCAUUAAUACCGAUCGUGCGCUAUAUCAACCAAGUUGGCUGGGACAAGAUCAUAGCCUUCGAGGAACACAUUUCGCGACCAUUGGUCGACUAUCUCCUGUCUCAUCCAGAAGUAUACACGUUGUACGGGGAGCAGACACUAGACUCGAAUGCGCGUGUUCCAUUAAUUAGUUUUACCGUUAAUGGCAUGUCGUCAAAAGCCAUCGCCUCCGAGAUCCACAACACUUCGAACUUCCGGAUUGCAGCUGGGACCUGCUAUUCCUUCCGGCCCGUGCACGACAUCUUGAGACUAGGGGACGAGGGUGUGUUACGGGUGAGCCCGGCCCACUACAACACUCUGGAAGAUGUUGAAGCUUUUGUUGAGGUGCUGGAUCAGGUAGUCCGGUCGAAGCUUCGGAAUUGUCCGACGCCCUAUUAA